CACGUUGAAGCUGUGAAUGCCAAAUGCGCUUCCCUGGAAAAGACAAAGCAGAGGCUGCAGAAUGAGGUGGAGGACCUGAUGAUUGACGUGGAGCGAGCAAAUUCUGCCUGUGCAGCUCUGGACAAGAAGCAGAAGAACUUUGACAAGAUCCUGGCAGAGUGGAAGCAGAAGUACGAGGAAACGCAGGCUGAGCUGGAGGCCUCCCAGAAGGAGUCUCGCUCCCUCAGCACGGAGCUGUUUAAGAUGAAGAAUGCCUAUGAGGAGUCCCUGGACCACCUGGAAACACUGAAGCGUGAGAACAAGAACUUGCAGCAGGAGAUUUCUGACCUCACGGAGCAGAUUGCAGAGGGAGGAAAGGCGAUUCAUGAGCUGGAGAAAGUCAAGAAGCAGAUUGAGCAGGAGAAAUCUGAACUCCAAGCCUCUCUAGAGGAAGCGGAAGCCUCCCUUGAACAUGAAGAGGGGAAGAUCCUGCGCCUCCAACUGGAGCUCAACCAGGUCAAGUCUGAGAUUGACAGGAAGAUAGCAGAGAAAGAUGAGGAAAUUGACCAGCUGAAGAGAAAUCACCUCAGGAUUGUGGAGUCUAUGCAGAGCACCCUGGAUGCUGAGAUCAGGAGCAGGAACGAAGCCCUGAGACUGAAGAAGAAGAUGGAGGGAGACCUGAAUGAAAUGGAGAUCCAGCUGAACCAUGCCAACCGCAUGGCUGCAGAAGCACAAAGGAACCUGAGAAACACACAAGGAGUGCUCAAGGAUACCCAGAUACACUUGGAUGAUGCUCUCAGGUCACAGGAGGACCUCAAGGAGCAGGUGGCCAUGGUGGAGCGCAGAGCAAACCUGUUGCAGGCUGAAGCUGAAGAGCUACGGGCAGCGCUGGAGCAGACAGAACGCUCCAGGAAAGUGGCUGAGCAGGAGCUUCUGGAUGCAAGUGAGCGUGUGCAGCUCCUCCAUACCCAGAACACCAGUUUGAUCAACACCAAGAAGAAGCUGGAAUCAGACAUUUCCCAAAUUCAGAGCGAAAUGGAGGACACCAUCCAGGAAGCUCGCAAUGCUGAAGAGAAGGCCAAGAAGGCCAUCACCGAUGCGGCCAUGAUGGCAGAAGAGCUGAAGAAGGAGCAGGACACCAGCGCCCACCUGGAAAGGAUGAAGAAGAACCUGGACCAGACGGUGAAGGACCUGCAGCACCGUCUGGAUGAAGCAGAGCAGCUGGCCCUGAAGGGAGGCAAGAAGCAAAUCCAGAAGCUGGAGGCCAGGGUGCGGGAGCUGGAAGGAGAGGUUGAUGCUGAGCAGAAGCGCAGCGCUGAAGCC